AUGACACAACGUGGCCGAGCGGCUUACUCCGGCGAGUCGAUUCUUGAAUUUUUUGCCGGUAUUCAAGAUGUGAUCAAGGGUUAUGAGGAGAGCCUUUGUAUAGGAAUCUUUCGUGGGGACGUUUCUGAAGGAAAUAUAAUUCGGUUGAAGCCAAAGAAAGACAAUAGCUUACACGGCAUACUGGUAGACCUAGAUCACUCCGUUAAUAUGAAAGGAAAUUUACCUCUGGAAAAUGUUUUUUUAACGGGCACCACGAAGUUUAUGGCACUAGAGAGACCGGAGUUUGAUCAAAGGAAGACCAUCGGACACACUUGUCGCCAUGAUCUCGAAUCAUUUUUCUAUGUGUUCAUUGUAGGAUGCAUAGAACAUGAAAGGGUGUCUGGGUCUACCGGUUGUUAUCUGAAUAAAUAG